CUAAACCCUGCUCGCUAUCGUUGUUGGUCUGUUUGGCCAGCGCCCGGUUGUGGCGUCGUUGUGCUGUUUGGAAUCGGCGUCGAACGCCAGCGACUGAGGUCCUGCAGCCUCCGCCGUGCUUGUACUCUAGAUUUCUGAAGCUGUAGUUGAGGAAAUUUUGUAUUUGUUCCGGAGGUAGGAUUUCAAAGAAGAAACCGCUUUGCAGAUUCAGCAUGGCUGGGAAGAGGAAAAAUGACGACGUAGCCGGAAGUAGUGUUAUGCCGAAGAAGCGGGCAGCACAGGAGGAAACGGCCGGGGCGAAGCCUGCGGCGAAGCGUAGCGAGGAGGAGGACUUUCCCCGAGGAGGUGGAAGCGCCUUGACCCCUGCUGAAAUUCGAGAGGCUCGUGAAGAAGCAGAUGCUGACUUUGAGAGAGAAAAAGGAAAGAAAAUUGGAAAGAAAGGGGGCAAGAAAGGAAAGCAUGGCAAGGGGGAGGAUGAUGAAUUUCAUGGCAGUAUACUGUCUGGGAAACUUCAGAAGUCGGCGGACAUUUUGCGUUAUAAAAGUCUCGUUGUGGGGAUGAAAAUAUGGGGAGCUGUUGCAGAGAUUAAUAAUAAGGACAUGGUCAUUAGCCUUCCUGGGGGCUUGCGUGGUUUCGUCUUAGCCGAGGAGGCUUCUGAGGUAUUUGAGAAUGUGAAGGGACAUAAUGAUAAAUCUAAGAAAUCAAGCCAGAGAGGGAAGAAGAUGGAAGACCAAUCGACUGAUUUACCCGACGCAGAUAAGGAAGUCCCUCUUCUAUCCGAUUUGUUCAGUGUUGGGCAACUUGUAGCAUGUACUGUAAGGAAGCUUGAGCUGACUCAAGAAAAGAAAGGUCGUGGGAAACCAGAGAAGGAGGGAAAAAACGAGAAGAGAGGUCGUCGCAUUGAGCUGUCCCUGAAACUCGGUUAUCUUUACGAUGGGCUGUCAAUCGAAGCUGUGUAUGAAGGCCAGGCUUUAACUGCCGUUGUUACAAGUAUUGAAGAUCAUGGAUAUCUUCUUUCAUUUGGAGUCCCUGCUGUGUCCGGUUUCUUGUUACACCGUAACUACUUGGAUGGAACAGGGACUUCUAAGUUGCGCACAGGACAACUGGUGCAAGGUGUCGUAAUUUCAGUGGACAAAAAACGGGGCGCAGUCGGAUUGAAGGCCGAUCUGGGCCUGAUCUCUAGUAACAUGGUGAAGGAGUUUGCUGGUCUGACUGUGGAACUGCUCACACCUGGUGCUAUGGUGAAUGCCCGAGUACGGUCAGUUUUGAAGAACGGGCUUUUGCUAUCAUUUUUGACCUAUUUCACUGGGACAGUGGACAUAUUUCAUCUGGAGGAUCCUUUGCCAGGUGCUGACUGGAAUACGAAAUAUAGCGAAAAUCAGCGAUUGAAAGCUCGAAUAUUGUACAUAGACCCUGUGGCUAAGACUAUUGGGUUAACUCUGAAUCCUCAACUUCUUAAUAACGUUCUACCUUCUAUGUCCGUGGAUGUGGGAGAUGUCUUUAAAGACGCAAUCGUUCGACGUGUGGAUGCAACAAUUGGAAUGCUUCUUGAGCUUCCUACCAAGGAGAACGUUGUAGCAGGCUAUGUUCAUAUUUCAAGCGUUUCAGAUGAACAUAUUGCAAAGUUGGAAAAGAAGUACACAGUGGGAAAGAAAGUGCGAGCCCGUGUCAUAGGACAUCGAGUUAUGGACGCUCUUGCGAUAGCUUCCUUGAAGGAAUCUGUGGUGGACCAACUUUUACUUAGUCAUGCGGAUGUACAGCCAGCAAUGAAUGUAACCGGUACCGUGAUUGCUGUUGAGCCCUAUGGGGCGCUUGUACAGCUGGCUGAGGGUGUAAAGGCUCUAUGUCCUCUGCAACACAUGUCCGAGUUCCAGCGAUCCAAUCCAAGUUCCAAGUUUCAGGUUGGAUCUAAGCUGAAGUUUCGUGUGCUAUCCUGUGAUCAUCAUGCAAAGAAGAUUACGCUGACACACAAAAAGACAUUGAUUACAUCGAAGUUGAGUCCUAUCGUAAGCUAUGAAAGUGCUGUGGAGGGACUUGUGACUCAUGGUUUCAUCACGGGCAUUGAGGAUAUCGGCUGCUUUGUGAGCUUCUACAAUGACGUCAAAGGAUUGGUUCACAAGUCAGCUCUUGGUAUCGAAGCAGGUGUGAAGGCAGAGAACGUUUUUCAAGUUGGUCAAAGUAUCAAGUGUCGAGUUCUGCGAUCAGAUCCUGCAGCCCGUCGCCUUUCUCUCAGUUUCAUUACUACUUCUUCAAGAGAUGAUGCUUCAGAAGGAGCAGCUGGUGACGAACUUAUAGGAAAAGUUGUUGCUGGUACUGUACACCAUGUUAAUGACAGUGUCAUCAUAGUGAAUGUCUCCACUCCAACGGGGUUGGUCAAGGGUUAUCUCACGUUUCCUCACUUAUCCGACACCCUGGGACAUAUUGAGCAGCUGAAGUCUGUCACAAAAGUGGGGUUUCAAUUCGACCGGCUUCUCGUCCUUGAUGUCACGGAUAAACAGAAGCUGAUUGUUUCAGCGAAGCAAUCAUUGCUGCAGGCAGCUUCAUCCCUACCAUCAGACAUAUCUCAAUUACAGCCACAGUCUGUAAUACCAGGUUAUGUAGCAAACAUUACUGAUAGAGGUUGCUUUGUCCGGUUCCUGGGACGCUUAACAGGACUUGCAAGUGUUCCUCAGGUGGCUGAUGAGUUUGUCAGCGACCCUAGCAACCAUUUCAGUGUUGGACAAUCUGUUCGUGCACAAGUGCUCGAAGUCUACCACGAUACUGGAAAAUUCAGCCUCUGUUUGAAGCAAUCAGUUUGUUUUUCAACUGAUGUCUCACUCAUACAGGGGUACUUUUUGGAAGAGGAUAAGAUAGUAGAAGCUAGUGAAGCAUCCGAUUUAGAAUGGGCGAAGACCUUGGCUAUUGGAGCUUGUACAGGUGGAGAAGUACAGGAAAUCAAGGACUACGGUGUCAUCGUUAAACUACCGAACUAUAAGGAUGUCGUCGGCUUUGUCACACACUACCAAUUGGGCACUCCGGUAGAAGUUGGCGACUCGGUCCAGGCAAGAGUGCUAGAUGUCGUGAAGGCCGAUAGGAUUGUUGACCUUACAGUACGGCCUGAGCUGCUCCAAGUGAACAAACAUGAUUCAACCAAGAAAAAGGAGAAGAACAAAAAGAGAUCACAUCCAGUUAUGGCCUUAGAACUUCAUCAGAAAGUUUCGGCAGUGAUAGAACUUGUCAAAGACGCUUAUCUGGUGCUGUCCCUACCAGAACAAGGUAAUGCUAUAGGAUUUGCAGCUGCUGGUGAUUAUAAUUCCCGACGACAGGAUUCUCAUCAGCGCUACAGUCCAGGGCAGAGGGUAGUAGCAACAGUGGAACACUUAGGAGAUGAAACCAAUGGCAACAGGAUGCUCCUUCUAUUGAGCAAUACCGGCGAUUCCGUUGAAGUAAAAACCUCCAAUACCAAGAAGCCUCGAAGGGAGUUGGACAAAUUGAUUGGUGCUAUCGUUGAUGCUGAGGUGGUGGCUAUUGAGGAGCUUCAAUUAGUAGUCCGCGUAAGCACAGGCACGAUCACGGAAGGUCGCGUUCAUAUUACCGAGAUUAUAGAUGGAUUUGAAGAAAAAAAUCCUCUUAGUUCCUUCAAUAUUGGGCAAAAGGUAAGGUGCAGAGUGGUGCAGAGAGUACGUCUGCAAAAGUCUCCCGGUCGCAAAGAACGUACUUCUGUUCUGGAACUUUCGUUGCGACCUUCUCAACUCUCAGAACAUCUGGAGACAAACGUGGGAAGUACACGUCCUGGAAGUUUGCCUUCACUUGAAGAAUUAGUUCCUGGCCAGUGUAUUACGGCCUACGUGCAAGAGGUGAAAGAUGAUUGGGCUUGGCUGUCGGUUGCACCGCAUCUUCGAGGUCGCCUGUUCAUCCUAGACUCAUCAACAGACCCCUCAGAGUUGGAGAAGUUUGCAGAAAGAUUUACGGUUGGUACUCCUGUUAGCUGCUGUGUCAAGUCUGUGGACUAUGAGAAACGUACUCUAGAUUUCAUCCGGAGGCAGCCUCCACAGCUUCAGGAGAAGUCCUUAUUUGAUGUUCCACCUAUGGAGGACGCCGAUUCAUCCUCUGAAAAUAAUACCAAGCAAGUUUUUUGGAUCCAAAAGGGAGAUUCAUUGGGUGGCCGGGUCAAACAAGUAAACCCUGGUGUGGGAGGAAUAAGUGUACAGAUUGCUCCAUCGUCAUUCGGAAGAGUUCAUGUGACUCAUCUUAGUGACGAAUGGAAGGAUAAUCCUGCAUCUGCAUUCAAGGAGGGCCAAUUUGUGCGGUGUGUUGUUUUGGGAGUCGAGAAAAAUCCCAAUGGCAAGACGGUAAUAGACCUCACAUUGCGGAAAUCUCUGGGUGGAAUGGUUGCUGCAAAUCUACAAGCUAGUGACUCGGCCACUACGAGCUCUUCAACAGCUAUUAAUAUCACUAGCAUCAAAGACCUGAAAAUAGAUCAGGAAGUGCAGGGGUUUGUGAAGAGCACUUCAAAGAAAGGAUGUUUUAUUUCUUUAGCGCCUCAAGUUGAUGCAAUAGUUCUUACUUGUAAUCUUUCGAAGGCUUUUGUUAAAGAUCCUGCUGAAAGCUUCCCUCCUGGCAAGUUGAUCAAAGGGAGGAUUAUCAACAUUGAUGCAGAUUUGGGCAGAGUGGAAAUGAGUCUUAAAACUUCGGGCCAGAAAAAGGAACUUACCAGCACUCUCUUGGGUCGUCGGUUUGGAGACUUCAAGGAAGGUGAAGUUGUUUUUGGUACUAUCAAGCGAAUCGAAAAGUUUGGCAUAUUUGUGACCAUUGAGCAGAGCAGUGUGGUAGCUAUGUGUCAUAUGUCGGAGGUUGCUGACCAUUAUUUCAAAGAUAUCGACAAACAUUACAAAGUCGGUGAUCGCGUACGUGCUCGCGUUCUGAAGGUGGAUAACACAAAGCAGAGAAUUUCACUUGGUCUGAAAGAGUCUUACUUUUCAAACACGGAGACACAUGUGCAACCCGUGACUGAGGAAGAUGAUAUGAAAGUGACAAAUGAGGAAGAUGAGUUGGUUGAUGAUUGUGAAGAAUCCGAAGAAGAUGAUGUCGAUGAGGAAAAUUUAGAAGAUUCGAAAGGAACACCGAGUGAUGAAGACGAGAGUGAAGACGAAUCAGAAGAGGAGAAUGGGGUUGAUUUGGAUGACUCAGACGACGACGAAGAUGAAGACGAUAACGAAGUAAAUGAGUUACAUAAUAACGCUAUUGAGACACCAACUCCCACUCUAGUAGCGCCUCCUUUAGAAGUAGAUUUGGAGGAUACUAACGUCGUCGAUGAUUCUGAGAAAGAGGAGGAUGAAGAAUCUGAAGAUGCCAAGAAACUGAAUAAGAGGGCUAAGAAGCGGCUGAAACAGCAGCGUGAGGCAGAAAUUAGUGCUGCAGAAGAAAGGCGGUUGAAAGGCGACCAGGCUCCGGAAACUGUGGAUGAAUUUGAGGCACUUGUCCGAACAUCACCAAACAGCAGUCUUGUGUGGAUAAAGUACAUGGCGUUCCUACUACAGCUUGCAGAUGUUGAUAAAGCACGGGCUAUUGCUGAAAGGGCUCUGCAAACGAUUAACUACAGGGAGGAAAUGGAGAAGUUGAACGUUUGGAUAGCUUAUCUGAAUCUUGAGAAUGUCUACGGCAAUCCCCCGAAGGAAGCGGUCUUGACCCUAUUUAACAGGGCUUUACAGUAUAACGACCAGAAGAAGCUGUACUUUGCGCUCUUGGGUAUUUAUGAAAACCCAAGGCAGCCUAAGGGUCCUCAGUAUGACAUGUUCGACCAGAUGAUGAAGACCAUGAUUCGCAAGUUCAAAUCUUCUGCCAAGGUUUGGCUAAAACAAAUCCAGAGUCUAAUGGAAAGAGGUAUGGGAGAUGUAGCUCAUAAGACUUUGGACCAGUCUCUUCUUAGUCUGCCACGUCGUAAACACAUCAAAGUCAUCAGUAGGGCUGCACUACUUGAAUACAAAUCUGGUUCUGUUGAACGAGCAAGGUCCAUCUUUGAGGGUAUACUUCGGAAUUAUCCUAAAAGAACCGAUCUCUGGAGCGUUUACCUCGAUCAGGAGAUUCGAGUGGGUGAAGUUCCUGUAAUUCGAGCAAUUUUUGAAAAGGUGACCUGCUUGGAGCUUCCACCCCGCAAAAUGAAGUUUCUGUUCAAGAAAUAUUUGGAUUACGAGAAGGCCAAUGGUGACGAAGAGCAAAUCGAGCAUGUCAAAAGGAAGGCCAUGGAGUACGUCAACAACAAGCUUGGUUGAGUACUUCCUUAACUGGAACCUGAUCUUAUUUUGGGUUCACUCACGAGGUUUAAGAAUUCGAGAUGUCAGACUCUGCUAUCUAUGUGGCCCAUGGCGCACAGUGGCUAUCGUCUGGACGUUGUAAUGGAUUGAACUAGUCAAUACGAAGUUUUUCAAUAAUCCGUAGAAUUUCGAGGUAUCUGAGCUUUAGAAAUCUAUCCCCGAAUUUCGUAGAUUUUACACUGGUAGCUAAUGGACAUAUGGAGUUAAAUUAUAAUGAGAAUGAUGACAAUUCACACAGCUGUUGAUCCAGGAAUCACUGGAAGCGAUCCCUUAUUUCCAAUAGCCUCGUUUCAAAAAAACAAGUAGCUACUAGAAUUUCUGUACUCUUGGAUUUGAAUCAGCUCUGCUGUAAUAUUUUAAGGGUUUUACCGCUUUCAAGCAGUACAAGUUUUAGUUGCCGUCCCGAAGAAUUCCUAGUGUGCAGCUUAUUUUUGUUGAAACAGUCUGCCCCAUGUAAUGAUCCCUAUCAAUUAGUAGAAUUAUAAAGCUAGAAAAACUGAUAAACCAUUGUAA